UUCAAAAAGAGCAAGAGUUAACUAACUCUCUUACUACGGCAAAAAAUGACAAAAGAGUCAAAGAACAGGAAUUAGCCCAAACCAAAAUUGAGUUUAACCAGCAAUUAAAGCAAAUUAACAGUUUAUUUGACCCCUCAGCUCAAUAUUUCACGGAACCUAUUUCCUUUAAUGGUUUAUAUAAAGAAUUAGGGAAGAAACUUACCGAGAAGUCGGAAUUAGAAAAAAAUCUUACUAAGCAAUUAGAACAGAUUAACCAACAAAACACCCAACUAACUAAGCAAAAAGAAGUUUUAACCACCUUAGCCCAAGAACUAACUAACCAAGACCAACCAAUUCAAGAAUUAGAAGAAUUAUUAAAGUAA